AUGGACAACAAUAUGGAGAUCGAUACCGCGAGAUCGCCUGAGCCACACCACCUCUCCCCGACGAGCGAUCCGGGUUCCAUACCGACUCUGGAUGGCUGGAUCGAGAGCUUGAUGACGUGCAAGCAAUUAGCGGAGGAAGAUGUGCGGCGGCUGUGCGAUCGGGCCAGAGAAGUAUUGCAAGAAGAAUCCAACGUCCAGCCAGUGGUAUGUGUUGUUAUCGUCGCCGUCGCCGCCAUGGCCGCCCCCCCCGCCGGCCGGUCGGGUUGGUCCUCAACAACUAACCCUUUCUUCCAACAGAAAUGCCCGGUGACAGUUUGCGGCGAUAUACACGGCCAGUUCCAUGAUCUAAUGGAACUCUUCCGCAUCGGCGGCCCCAACCCUGACACAAACUACCUUUUCAUGGGUGAUUAUGUCGACAGAGGAUACUAUUCAGUCGAGACAGUAACCCUACUGGUCUCCCUGAAAAUCCGUUACCCCCAGCGUAUUACCAUCCUUCGUGGAAACCACGAAUCCCGCCAGAUUACCCAGGUCUACGGCUUCUACGACGAGUGCCUCCGCAAAUACGGCAAUGCCAACGUGUGGAAAUAUUUCACCGACCUCUUCGACUACCUUCCCCUCACUGCUCUCAUUGAAAACCAGAUCUUCUGUCUGCACGGUGGGCUGAGCCCGUCCAUUGAUACCCUCGACAACAUCCGAUCCCUGGACCGUAUUCAAGAAGUUCCCCACGAGGGACCUAUGUGCGAUCUGCUCUGGAGUGAUCCGGAUGAUCGCUGCGGUUGGGGAAUUUCUCCUCGCGGUGCGGGGUACACAUUUGGACAGGACAUUUCGGAAGCGUUCAACCACAACAACGGCUUGACUCUGGUUGCACGAGCACAUCAACUGGUGAUGGAGGGAUAUAACUGGUCGCAGGAUCGAAACGUGGUCACCAUUUUCUCAGCACCCAAUUACUGUUACCGUUGCGGUAACCAGGCUGCUAUUAUGGAGAUCGAUGAGCAUUUGAAGUACACAUUUCUACAAUUUGACCCCUGCCCCCGAGCGGGCGAACCGAUGGUAUCGAGGCGCACACCCGACUACUUCCUGUGA